AUGGUGGAACUGAUUCUUCAGCAGGAUGCUGCAGCCUUAGGGACGACCACCAUCGCUGCAGUCAGCAUCGGCGACUCGCAGACAGUUGGCAGCUUGAAGGACUCCACCUCGUUUCACUUUGCAAAGGCAAGUGAUCACUACGGCAAAGUGGAGAUCUUUCACCACCUGGGAGGCUGUAAGAUUCCUGGUUAUGCGAUGUAUGCAGUGCACGCCUUUCACAGAGUCAAGGGGAGGAACCUGCUCCAAGGGCCGACGAACAAGUGCCUUGGCAGAGUUCUGCAAGGCGCUUCGUCGCUCAUGGAGUGCGGAGAUCUUGCCAAGGCGCGUGAUCCGAUCACGAAGUGCACUGCUGCAGAGUACAUCAAGAUGCCGGGUGCGCACACCUCGGCCUUGCUGUGCUGGUUCCAUGCCAAGCCUCGCCAGACUAGCUUUGGCUUCAGUGGCUUCGGCAACUUCUGCAAAGAUCUUGAGGAUUUCAGAUACGUGUAUCCGCUCUCGGACGGUGUGGAGGCUUUCUCCUUCAAGCCGGCGACCAAAAAACACACCAUUGACUUCCUCAGGGCAAGCUACUUCUUGAUUCUGCACGUCAUCGCCUUCACCUGUGGACCUGGCACGUUCUCACUUCCGGCCCUUGCGUGCUGCCUUGGCUUGUUUGUAUCGCUGCAGACGCUGGGAAUCUCCUUGUCCUACCACAGGCACUUGACACACCUCUCCUUUCAGUGUCACAAGUACUUCGAGCAGCUCGGAAUCAGGUACUUCAUCGCGUGGUGCGGAGCCUUAAACAUGCAGGGCAACCCGAUAUGGUGGGCCAUGAACCACACGUGGCACCACCGAUUCUCGGACACCCCAUGGGAUCCCCACACGCCACGUGAGGGUCUCUGGACUGCCCACGCUGGAUGGUUCUUCGAGAAGGAGAGGAUCCUAACGAAGAUGCCAGAGGCCAUUGUGGCUUCGCACAACCAUGUGGAGCCUGGAGAGGAGGAUGAAGCCUACCUCCCCUGGUUCUACAGAGAGUCCCCGGAAUUUUACGACUGGUUGAGGCAAACAUAUUACCUGCACCAAAUCUCUCAAGUCGUGCUCUUGUACCUUCUGGGUGGCUGGAGCUUUGUCGUCUGGGGCUUCGUCGUCCGACUCCUCCUUGGUAUUCACGGAGUCUCAGCGGUCAAUUCCUUUGCGCAUGUUUGGGGCGAGCAGCCCUUCAAGACAGGGGACGACUCCAAGAACAAUGUUUGGGUGGCUAUGGUGUCCUCAGGCGAAGGCUGGCACAACAAUCAUCACGCCUUUCCAAGGUCUGCGAGACAUGGGCUUUUCCCGGGGCAGUUCGAUCUGACCUACUCCUUGGUCGUUCUGCUGGAGAAGCUCGGCGUGAUUUGGGACGUGCAGUUGCCCAGCGAUGCCCAAAUCGCUGCAAAGCUGCGCUCGGCAAGCGAAGCGAAGAUGGGGAGCUCUGUGGUAUGCGAGUGA